AUGGCUCCUCCCGCAGCCUCGUCUGAGGGCAUUGCCGCCCAAUCAGACCUUGGCGACACUGACGACACCUCAUCAUUAGCAGCUUCGAUUGACAUGGACCGAUUCAGGCUUCGCGGACAGCCGCUGUCUCUUCACUCACGCUCGACACUGGAACCUCGGAGUGAGGCAUUAUCUAAAGGAGGUCUUGCCGGCGUUAUUGUUGGCAUCAUUAUCUUCUUCGUACUUGCUAUCAUUUGCGCCUACCCCUUCAUAAUCCGUCGCAUCAAGGGCAAGAGAAAUGGAACGAAUCGUCUGGACACGGCGGAAACCGCCUUCAUCCCCACGCCGCUCCGUCCAUCGGGAAACGUGCCUACGACUGGUCCAGCUGCGUCUAGCCGCAUGUCAUCACGAGACUCAUUGGGCAACAAGAAUGAAGCUCUUCAAGGGCCGGACCGGCAGUCAACCAAGGAGCUGAACGUCUCAUCCCACGGCACCGACCCAUCCAAACGAGAUUUGGGAAGCUACCAACGUGGCUGUACUGGCGACGACAGCUCUCAUGCACCAAGCGUUACCACCAGACGCGGUACUGACCACACCUUCGGCCGCGCCUCUACCUGGAAGAGCGAAUCGUCCUAUCCAUGGACUCCUGUCGGCAUAGAGCUGGUCGCUACUCGGGCUGACGGAAUGGAAUACUCGGAUGCCACUCAAGGACACAGUGCUACUUACUACAGCCCGACCAUCCCUUCUGAGGCCUUCGGCAUGGUCACCCCGCCUCCCACAGAUGAACCUGUUCCCGCGCCGCCGCCGAGGCGAUCAAGCUCUUAUGCCAGCUCCCUGGCGAAGAACCUUCUCCAAAUGUUUCCCAAGGGUCGGUCAAGCACCAAGGAUUCUCAGUCAAGGGGGGCAAAGAUUCAGCCAACGCAAGAGUUGUUGAGGGAGGGCUUGUCAGACUCGCCAACUCAGCUUACCGGGCCAUUCUCCCGCGAAAUAGGACCCGGCGCGACCUCCACGCGCGGACAGCUGGGCUCCCCAUUCAACCCGCCUAGCCCCAACUCAGAGCCUGAUCAGGCUCAGGAUUCGGGAACCACGAAGGAAGGAAAGCAGGAAUCUCCGCCAAUUUUGCCGCCUGUGUCGCCUGCACCUGGAACUGUCAACCCCAUGGAUAUUAUGGCGCCGUCGAAUUUGACCGAGCAGACCUGGCACACCAACCAGCAACUUUAUAGCAUUGCUCACCCGCCCCCCAAGCCUGUUGAGCCAGUCCUGGUUCCCGAGCCAUCACAAGCGCCAACCCCGCAGUCCCCGGAGCAGCCUUUUGAGCACCACCAGCAGUACCUACAACAGCAACAACAAGAUCAGCAGCAGCAACAGCCACAGCAAAUACAGCAACAGCAGCAGCAGCGAUGGGAUCAGACAGGGGUGGCGAAUGGAGGACUUGUUGCGAAUGGCAAUGGACAUGUCCAAACGAACGGCUUCAAAGCUCCGGCCGGUGGUCGUCCCACUGAACACGAUGUCCGCAUGAACGAUGUGCCCCAGCAAGUUGAUCCGACUCAUCUUAUGCCCGACCGGACCAACCACUACUAUGAGGGCGAAAUUACCGAUCCGUCUGAACAUUCUCCUCAAAUGGGUGGUCACGUCUCAUCCGGGGCAUCGUAUCAGACGACGCCGAACACCCAGAUCGACAGUAGCCCAUCGCCUCCGUCAGACAACAGCUCAGAUAUACGCAACAGUGCCUCGCCGUAUCCAGGUCUGCAGCAGCAAUCUCCGCGCACAUUUAUGUGUGAUGAGUGCGGCAGAUUUUUCGAUCAGGUUCAUAAGUUAAAGUGA